AGGCGCUGAGUGAUUGACUCAGCCUCUGCGCACCUCUGGUGAUUUGGCAUUUUCUGGUUUUGUUUUUGGUGCUGAUGGUUGGUUGGUUGCCUAUUUUUUGCAUUUCAUCUUCUCCUUUUUUUAUUUUUACAUUCAUGUGUCCCUGUGCAUUUAGAAGAGGCUUCUCGGCUAUUUAGCUUUGGCGUGCUCUGCUAAAGAAUCACACUACCAGCACAGGCACCAACGAAUUACACAGAGAAAGAUAUAUAGAGAGAGAGGAGGAACAAAAGGGCUAUUCUGUUUUUUGAUUGCCUUUCUUGCUCUGUUUCUUUUUGUUCUUGUGGAGAGAAUGGAAUGAUUGACACAGCAGCUAAACUGGGCUGAAAGCGAGUGUUUGGGUUCUGCGAGAAUAUAUUAUAUUUCUGCAACAGGAGGCCUUUUGCUGUUUGGGAAACAGGAAUUGAUUAUGAAAGCUGGCUAAAUGAGACUACUUUGAAGGUAUAUCUUGGUUGGUUGAGCAUUGUUGUCAAAUGAGGUAAUGUGUUUCGGAAUGUUCUGAUUCCGAACACCAGUUUUAAAUUUUGAGUUUCACAAGUUCAAGUACAACAUCCCCAACGGAAAAUUAUUUCCCCCCUGAAAAUUCUUGAUACCCGUCACUUGCGAGGUGUGUGAUCUUUGCCACCUGACUUGGAAUUCCUUCCCUGCAAUAUUUCACACCAAGACUUGGCCCAGCAAACACCACGCCUUCCAUAUGCCCAAUCCUGUGCCAGAAAAUUGUUGAUUUUAUUUGAUUUCAAGGCUCUAAUCAGAAAAGCUUUUAUUAUAGAAAUUUUCGCAGGAUUGUGUUGUGUUUUUGGGGACAAUAUGGCUUCUAAUGCGGUGGGAAAUGCAAGAACCGAGCAUUGACACCGAUAAGCUUAGCUAUGAAAUCUUCUCCAUCCUUGAAAGCAAGUUUCUCUUCGGCUACGAUGACCAAAAGGUCUGGCUUCCGAAGAAAUAUCUGCGACAAUUGAACCAAAACCCGAAGUUCAGUCUUACGCCGCCGAUGGCGUCUCCUCCAUCAAGAAUCAAGAGGCAAAAAAUAUGCAUCCUCAGCAUAGAUGGUGGCGGCAUGCGAGGGAUUCUUCCCGGCAAAGCUCUGGCCUAUUUGGAAAAUGCAUUGAAGAAGAAAUCAGGAAAUCCGGACGCCAGAAUCGCCGAUUACUUUGACGUAGCAGCCGGAGCCGGCGUCGGAGGUAUUUUCACGGCGAUGCUUUUCGCCACCAAGGAUCACCAACGCCCUAUUUUCGAAGCCAAAAACAUUCAAUUUUUAGCCGAUCACGGCCAAAAGUUCUACCAUCCUGGUCCCAGCGCCGGGAGCAGCCGCAGCUUCUUUCGUCGGUUAUUUUCCAGCGGCGCCGGCUCUGCUUCCAUCGGCCACGCCACCGCCGGUCUGGAGAAGGCCAUGAAGGAAGCAUUCGCCGUCAACGGCAAGAGCUUAACACUCAAAGACACUCUGAAACCCGUCCUCAUCCCCUGCUACGACCUAUCCAGCACCGCGCCGUUUUUGUUCUCCCGAGCAGACGCACUCGAGACCGAUAGCUUCGACUUCCGGCUCUGGGAGGUUUGUCGUGCCACGUUGGCCGAACCGGGCCGGUUCGAGCCGGUUCAGAUGCGAUCAGUGGAUGGUCAGACCGGAUGCCUGGCUGUUGACGGAGGAUUGGCGAUGAGCAACCCGACCAGCGCAGCCAUAACGCACGUGCUUCACAACAAGCAGGAAUUUCCGUUCGUUCGAGGCGUGGAGGAUUUGUUGGUGCUAUCGCUGGGAACGGGUCAGCUGUUGGAGGCGAGGUAUGAGUAUGACCAGGUCAGGCUUUGGAAGGCCAAGGAGUGGGCUCGACCCAUGGCUCGGAUUUCUGGGGAUGGCUCGGCCGAUUUGGUGGACCAAUCUGUGGCCAAGGCCUUUGGCCAGAGCCGCACCUCCAAUUAUGUUCGUAUUCAGGUAUGCAAUGGGUCAAGUAUGGGGCGAUGUGGACCCAACGUGGAUACGGAUUCAAGUCCUAGCAAUGUAAAGAUGCUGUUAGGGAUAGCAGAUGAGAUGUUGAAGCAGAAGAACGUAGAAUCAGUGCUGUUUGAGGGGAAGAGGAUUGGGGAUCAGAGUAACUUUGAGAAGCUUGACUGGUUUGCUGGAGAACUUGUGCAGGAGCAUCAGAGGAGGAGUUGCAGAAUAGCUCCCACUGUUGCUUUCAAGCAAGCUACCCAAAAAGCGACCUAAGGGAAGAACAGGUAAGCAGUCUCUGUUGUUUUGUUUCGGGUUACCUUCAUCAUUUUUUAUCCAUCCUUUCAAAUAAAGCGUUUAGUGGACCCGUUGAUUAGAUAUAGAUAUAUGAUCUGGCAGGAAAUGCAUCUUAUUUGCGAUUUUAUAUGUGUGUGUGUGUUAAAAAAAAAAAAAAACAAUGGAAUUGCUUGCAACGAUUUCUGAAAUGCAGAAGCAUAAUAUAUGUUUCAGGGUAUCA